AUGACCGGGAUCAAACUCCAGGAUGGCCAGUCCGGCCUGCCCUCACCGCAGAGCACGUCCUCCUUCUGGCACAGCGAGCCCUCGAGCAAACUGCUCGGCCACCGGACGACCCCCCAGCUGCCGGCCGAGGCCGACGUGGUUGUCGUGGGCAGCGGCAUAACCGGAACCUUUGCGGCGAGGGAGCUGGUGAGCCAGGGCAGAGGCGUGGUGCUGCUGGAGGCGAGGGAGGCAUGCUGGGGAGCCACGGGAAGGAACGGAGGCCAUUGCCAGCCGAUGGUGUACCUGAGCAAGCCGGAGGUGGCGCGCUUCGAGUUGGACACUUACCAUUUCCUGCGGAACAUGGUUGAGUACAACAAGAUCCCCUGCUCGUGGGCGACCGUGGGCGGCGUCCACGGCGUCACGUCCAGGGCGGCCUGGGACCUCGUCCUGCAGCGGGUGGCCUUCCUCCAGGCGUGGCACCCGGACCUGGCGACCGUCGUCCGGCUGGUGACUGACCCGGACGAGUUGAGGGCCCUGCGUGUAGCUGAGGGCGCCGUGGGCGCCGUCGUCCAGGCGUGCGCGGCAAAGUGCUGGCCCUACAAGCUCGUCGCGUGGGUCCUCGAGGGUCUGCUGGCCAGCCCGCUCUUCAACCUGCAGACGACGACGAGCGUGCUGCACCUCCAGAGGCUGGAGACGAAGUGGAUGGUGCACACCGACCGGGGCAGCGUGACGGCCUCGCACGUCGUCCUGGCUACCAACGCCUACACCUCCAGGCUGCUGCCUGCGCUGACGGGGAUCAUACGGCCGGUGCGCGGUCAGGUUUGUGCACUCAAGCCCGUCGAGGGCGCGCCGCUGCUGGAGCAUAGCUAUGUGUGGACGACGCAGCAGGAGGGGGAUGCAGGGCAGAGCGACGACUACCUGAUCCAGCGGGACAGCGGAGAGUUGAUCCUCGGAGGUGAGCGCAUGGCUGCUCGUGAUACCGGGGAUGGCAUCUGGCGCGAUGAUGAGGUUGACCCGGUGGUUGGGCGACGGCUCCGAGAGGCGCUGAACUUGUCUCUUAUUGAGUUUCCCCCGAAGCUGGAGGCAGGUUAUGAGUGGACGGGGAUCAUGGGGUACUCUGCUGAUACUCAGCCGUGGAUUGGCAAGGUGCCUGAGAGUCUAGGAGGGGGAGAUGGGCUAUGGAUCAGUGCUGGAUAUACAGGACAUGGGAUGCCUGUGGCAGCCCGAGGAGGAAUUGUGGUUGCGGAGGGCAUUUUAGGAAGGAAGGGUAUUGAGAUUCCUCAGCAAUGGGAACCGAGCCUGGAUAGGCUUGAGAAGGCAAGGUUGUUUAAGAUGCCAGAAACACUCGAGGAGGAGUUGAGUGAGCUGGUGAAGACUCAAGUUCAGUAA